CGCCAUUUACUGCAAUAGACUGAACGAUGUCUGCGGAUUUUAUCACAUAUCUAUAAUAGAACACGGAGAGACGCGAGUGCAAUGUACGGGUGUCUAAGUGUGCUAUGUCAAUGGUUUUGUGGUUCGUAAUCGAACUAUCGAGUGUUCCCGUAAUGUUUUUCAUGCCGGCACACAGUUUUCGCGAGUGUAGAAAGUAUUUUUUUUGCUGAUAACAUAAAACCUGCAUAAGUAAACUUUCCAAAAUCUUCCUGAAGACUGUUAAUUUUUUAGAUUUAGUUUUUUUCAUCCUAGCUUAAAGACAGUUUGGAGCGGUGACCAGCGUGAAGGAUGACAACACAGCGAGAGAGAAUCAAAAGACGGAACUAGCUAUUUAUUUAUUAUUUUAAUUAGUUUAAUCCAUUAAUUUUCGUAGAAUUUACCCCGUAUACUCUCAUAUUAAAGGGCAAAUAUAUUAAUUAAUAUAAUUUAAUCAAAUGGAAUUGCUAUUUAUUCGAAGUUAAUUGAGAUUAAAAAUGGAGCUCUGAUUCGACGAUUGAUGGAUGUAAUAUGGACAAUAUGGCUUCCAACGUGUCCUUACGGAGUAACAAACAGAGAAAAGACAAUCUCAUCACGCGGAAACAGGAUAAGUCCCCGGAGAAGACUAUCAGGGGAACCAGGGGUGCGUACAGGGGAAUCCCCUCUACGUCCAAGCGGACCGAUGAGGACGAGACGGGCUCGACGGAAAGACUGGACAGACCAAAGAAAUUCAUAUCCCAGAACAAGAGCAACUAUGGAUUGGGGAAGAGGCCGGACUUCUCGCUUAAGAACAGGAACGUGCAUUUAGCCUCCUCACGGUAUGGCCAGAUGACAUCAGGCCUACACAGCCACGGGCAUUCGAUAUCGCAGCCGCCGGCGCAUCAUUUGGAGUCAGCCACCGUUAUACCGGCGAAAGAGAAGACCGUGCACGGGAAAGAGAAGACGUUCAAGGUUGUGGUCGGCAGCGAGGUGGGUGUGAUGAAGACGCCGGUGCUGGGCCCGAGGCCGUACAACGCGCUCGCCAUCAUACACACGCAGCAGAGCAACACGUUUGAUAUGCUCAACUCGCUCACCACCAGCGUGGCGAGUCAACCAGUGGGCGUGGGAGGUUACCGUCGCCGCAGCUCGGGCCAGGGUCCCAUCCGUGAUCCAGAGCUGGACGACAGCGGCAACAAGCUCGUCGCGAGGCUAGAGGACGACGCGUUCAUAUCGGAACAGGAUCUGGAAGAAAACAUAGAAAUAGCGACCGGCAAGGGAUUGCCGCACAAGCCGCCCGACGCGACCGACGAGGAACAGCCGCAGGAACCCCAGAACGGCAUGGUGUACGGACCGAUAUACGAGCUGGAGAAGCUCGACCAAAAAGACAAACACAAAGAAGAUAAAGAAGAUGAGGAGGAACCGAUCGGAGUGUCGCCGUGUGGCAGGUUUUUCAAAUACGACAAGGAGGUUGGUAGAGGCUCGUUCAAGACCGUGUACCACGGGCUGGACACGCAGACCGGUGUGGCCGUCGCUUGGUGCGAGUUGUUGGAGAAAAAACUGAACAAAACCGAGCGGCUAAGGUUUAGAGAGGAAGCGGACAUGUUGAAGAAAUUGCAACAUCCGAACAUUGUCCGCUUCUACAACUACUGGGAGGGCACUGUGGCCAAGAAGAAGAACAUCGUGCUGAUCACCGAGCUCAUGCUGUCCGGGACGCUGAAAGCAUAUCUACGAAGGUUCAAAAAGAUCUACCCGAAGGUGUUGAAGUCAUGGUGUCGACAGAUUCUGAAGGGUCUGAACUUUCUGCACUCGCGGACUCCGCCCAUUAUACACAGAGAUCUGAAAUGCGACAACAUCUUUAUCACUGGUACGACUGGCAGCGUGAAAAUCGGCGACUUGGGACUAGCGACACUCAAAAAUAGGAGUUUUGCAAAAUCUGUCAUUGGCACGCCGGAGUUCAUGGCGCCGGAAAUGUACGAGGAGCACUACGACGAGUCCGUGGACGUGUACGCGUUCGGCAUGUGCAUGCUGGAGAUGGCCACCGGGGAGUACCCGUACAGCGAGUGCAGCGGGCCCGCGCAGAUAUACAAGAAAGUCGUGUCGGGCGUGAAGCCGCAGAGCUUGGAGAAGGUGACGAUACCGGAAGUGCGGGAGAUCAUCGAGUCCUGCAUACGGCCGAACAAAGCUGACAGGCCAAAAGUGAAAGAUCUGCUGAACCACGAGUUCUUCGGCGAGGACAUCGGGCUGCGGCUGGAGAUCGUGGACCGCGACCUGGUCACCUCCUCGGACAUCACCAAGAUACAGUUCCGCCUCAAGAUCAUCGAUCCUAAGAAACGAUCGUACACGCACAAGGAGAACGAGGCGAUCCAGUUCGAGUUCGACGUGGAGAACGACGACUGCGAGGAGGUGGCCAACGAGAUGGCGAAGGCGGGACUCAUCAUGGAGGAGGACGCGCGCAUCGUCUUCAAACUGCUCAAGUCGCAGCUCAUCAGCCUCAACAGAGAAAGAAGUGAGAAGAAAGCCCAGAUGUUGUUCAACCAGGAGGUGAUGAUCGAGCAGAACCGGCAGCAGCAGCUCUUCGAACAGCAGCUAAGACAGAUGAAGAUGAUGCAGAAUCAGCAGCCAGGCCCUGUGGACCAAGUGAAAGCCGGUCUUCUGAACGGAGUUGGACCGCAGCCUCUAGCAAAUGUGCCGCUAGACCAACAGUCCCAACUCCUGCAGGCGCAACAGCAAGUCCUUCAGCAGCGGAUCCACCAGCUGAACAACGAGGAGACAGCGAUGAAGUUGCUCCAGCACAACUUCAUGCAGGCGAGGAUGUCGCCGUCGGACCAGCAGCAUCUGCUGCAACAGCAACAGGUGUUACUCGAGCAUAAGCUUAAACAACAGGCUUUAAUGGAACAGAAUCUCCUCAACCAGCACAUGCUGGAACAAACCGUCCAAGGGCAAGUUUUAAUUGAUCAACAAUCCCAGCAAAUUCUUGAGCCAGCCGUGUCCCAAUCGCAAAUCCAACCCGGCCUUCUUAAUCAGCAGCUAGCGGCUGCGGAGAUCAGCAACCAGAACCAAGUGCUGCAGCAGCAGAUUAUACAGCAACAGCAGAGCAUCAUCGCGCAGCAAGCGGCAGCUAUACAACAGAAACAGCUAGAAGAACAAUUGACGGCGCAAGAGAAUAUAAUGUCCACCCCGCAAACAGUCGUCAACAAUCAAAUCCUAGAUCCGUCGUUACAGAACUUGCAGAACAUAUUAGCCCAGAUCAUACACAGACCAGACACGCUUCAGUCGAGAAAGGAGUCUGAAUCAGAAGCUGUACCGCCUCCGCAACACCAGCAGCAGCACCAGCAACAGCAGCAGCAACAGCAGCAACAACAACAACAACAACAGCAACAGCAACAACAGCACCAACAACAACAACAACAACAACAGCAACAACAGCCACAGGUGCCCUCUCAGCCUGUCCCUCAACAGCAGUCUGAAAUUGAACAAACUCAAGAGCAAGACUUGCAGCAAAAAAUGCAAAACCUGAUGGCCGCGCAAAUACACCAACAAAACGUCGCGUAUCAGCAAAAUCAGCAAUAUGUCCAGCCUAUUUUAACAGCCGCCGUGGACCCUGCUAUAUUAGCGCAGCAACAGCAAGUGGCGCAAGCCCAACAGCAAGUAGCGCAGGUUCAACAACAGCUCAACAUGCAGAAGCAAAUGCUGGCUCAGCAACAACUAGCACUUCAACAGCAAAUGUUGACACAACAACAAUUACACAUUCCUGGGCAGACGUUAUCUCCGCAACACAUCAGGAAUUUGCAACAUCAACAGUAUCUAGCGCAGCAAGAGUUACAGUUACAGACUCAACAGAACAUUAUAGACCAACAAAACUUGGCGUUGUUGGCACAAAAACAGCAACUGAUGGGACAGCAACAUCAGAAAGUGGAGGAGAUGUUGCGAGCACAACGACCCAUGUACCAAAGGCAGGGUUCGGAACAGAGUCAAAUAAGCGGCGCCGACGUACACGAUCAGCAGAUGAUGAUGCCGGAUUAUCAAAAACCGCCGCUGCAACAACAGGUAUCCAUCGACCAGCUUCAGUACCAGAACCAAUAUUUGGAUAUGCAAAAACAACAAUCGCUGCAAUCCGAUGAACAUUACCAUCAAGUCCAUCAAAUGCAGGGUCAGUCACUGCCACACAACUUACAAAUGGCGCAGAACUUUAGCGUGGUGCAGCAGGACAGGCAGAUAUCUAGUCACGAGGGCACGCCCGUUCAGAAUUAUUCUGCCAACCCACUGCAGAUGUACCAGCCGCAGAGUCAGACGGUGCAGAUGAUGCAGUCGAUACCCUCGUCGGUGGCGCAGAGCAUGCAGCAAGACAUGCAGAUGAACGUCGCGCAGACGAUGCCCCAAUCGAUGUCAUCAGUGCCGCAGCCGAUGCAACCGAUGCAGUCGAUUCCGCAGCCUGUGCAGUCAAUGCCGCAGCCCGUGCAGACCAUCCCGCAGGCGGUGCAGUCCAUGCCACAACCGGUGCAGACGAUCCCGCAACAAACGCAUUCGCUGCCGCAGCCAACAUCAAUGCCACAGAGUGUCCAAUCAAUGCCGCAGCCGAUGCAAGCGAUACCACAACAGACCAUGCCCCAACCGGUUCAGUCGAUCCAACCUAGUCAGAUGCAGAUGCAGCCGAUCAACACUCAUCCCCAACAGAUGCAGUCGCAGCAGCAGCAGAUACAGUCGAUGUCGCAGCCGACACAAGCUAUUCCACAACCGGUGCAGUCAAUUCAGCAGUCGAUGCCGCAGCCGAUGCAGUCAGCACCACAGCCCGUACAGUCAAUACCGGCAGCUCCUUCGCACCCAACCGCGGCGCAUCCGCAGCCGAUACCCUCGCAUCCUCCACCGCAGGAGAUGGUGUUGCAGCAGCUGAGCUUACCGACGGAACAGAUCGAUAACGGGUACCAAGCCAACGGAGGGAAGGAACAGUUCCUGACCCCUAUGAACGAGUACCCUGCGGGUGCGCCAGCGGAUCAGACGCGGCAACAAGAAUUGGGCUCCGCUGAGGAAAGACAGUCCGAAUCACAGUCAGAGGCGAGCACGGCAAUCCCAUCGCCGAUCACCAGCGAGAAGCGCUCGCGCGGAUCCAAGAAGCGUUCGCGCGAGAAGGACAAGCUGCCGAAGCUGACCGUGCUGGAUGUCAACGAAGCCGCCACCGUCGUGGAGUGCCAGCUCGAGUCCAAGUCGAAGACUGUCACCUUCAAGUUUGACGUCACUGACGUCAACCCUGAGGAGAUUGCUAGUAAUUUGGUGUCGAACAACCUACUCCCGGAGUGGCAGAGCGCCACGUUCAUGGAGCUGAUUAAGGACAUUGUGAACCAGCUGAUCACCAACCCCGGUGUCACGCCCGUACUCAACCCGGCGCACCACUCCGCACUCAGGCUUAACAUUGAUAAGACUGACUACGACUCCGAGACAACCGAACGCGAGGAGAAUCUCACGGACUCGAACCAGGACAACUCUGAGUGCACGACGCCGACCGCGUCGCACGACAACAUCGCUGCCGAGCUCGCGUACGACCAGCCGGGGGAUGCGCCCGCGCAGGACCCACUGCCCGAACCCGUGCCACGGCACACGCAUAUCGACACCGUUGCCAGAAAGAUCAGCACCGCGUCUUCUAUAGGAUCAAAUCAAUCGGACGGCGGUUCGAUAGCGCACGAACGCUCCGGUAGCACGGAGUCGCAGAACGGCGAGAAAAAGCCUUCUAAGCCGACUCGUAAAAUAUCCCGGUUUCUAGUCAGUCCCGUCGUGGAUCGGGACGAAAACGUGCCCGAGGAGAAGACUGUUAUAGCCGAGCCGGAGAAGCCGCCGGACCGGCCCCCGGACAGGCCGCAAGAACGGCCGCCGGACAAAGAGCCGCAGCUCAACGGACUACCGGAGAAGGAGCCGGUGCCGCCGCAACCCACAGUUCCUAUUCAGUAUUCAGUGCAAUCGCAGUCGCAGACGUCGCAGACCGUCACCGAGCAGCGGCCGGUGGAGGUGCAGCCUGAGCGGCCGCCGGAGAGGCCGCCGGAGGUGAAGCAGGAAGUGCCGAUGACGAGCAUGCCGAUGCCUAUCGCCAGCAUGCCCAUGCCGAUCACUAGCAUGCCAAUGCCGAUCACCAGCAUGCCCAUGUCGAUGCCGAUCAACCAGACGUUGCUGCAGCCGAAUCUGACGACUCCGCUGCAGAUAGCAACGGAUACUCCGUUACUGGGGCUGAGCCAGGUGGGCACGCCGAUGGGCGCAGAGCUGGGGCUGAACGUGCUGGGACCGUCGCUGCCGCUGUCGGCACAGCAGACGCUGACGCCCACGCCCGGCGUCACCGACGCGCUCUCCAACGCCGAGAACAUACAGAGGAUGCUGUUGAAGCAGAAUAUUAUCAAUCAGCAGCAGAAUCUCUCCGGGCCCAAUCUGCUGGGUCUCCUCAACCAGCCGGCCUUCCCGCAGCCGGACCUCGGGCUGCACACCACCAUCCUCAACAACGCGCAGCCUGCGUCGUCGAUGGGCGCCCGCCUGCCGCCGCAGUACCCGCAGUACUACCCGCCCAUGCUGGGCACCGCCAACGACUUUAUAGCGGCCCAGCAGCAAGCGUUGCAGACGUCGGUGAGUCAGCUGGCGGGCCAGCAGAUGAGCCCCGCGUUCGGGCUCGGGUUCGGGCUGGCCUCCCCGCUGCCGAUGGCGCCGCCGCUGCAUCUCCAGCACCAGAACAUCGCGCUCAACCAGAAUCUUAUGGGACAGAAUCUUGGACAAAACUUAGGUCUAGCAAGUCAAAACUUAGGAUUAAGCGGUCAGAAUCUCAUUGGUGGUCAAAACUUAGCGCUGGGCGGGCAGGCGCUAGGCCUGGGCGGACAAGCGCUGGGGCUGGGGGGGCAGACGCUGGGGCUGGUGGGGCAGAACCUGGGCCAGCUGGUGGCGCAGCGGGCCGUGCACCACGCGCUCACCAGGCGACCCAUCGAAGUCGAUAUGAGCAUGACAAACGUGAACUCGACGGGCUCGUCGCAGCCGAGCACGCCCAACAAGAGUCACUCCUACAGCGAGUACAUGCUCUCGCUGCAGCACAAGCUCGCCUCCAUAUCCAACAGUGGCCCGGUGUCCCCGCAGUCUCCGCUGGAGUACAGCCCCGCGCUGUCCCCCACGCACAGGCAGAUGGCGUCACUCUCGCACGCUAUGCAGAAGUCGGAGGGCGCGGAGGCGGACAAGGCGCGCCACGUGGCGCAGCUCGCCGAGCUGGACCACGAGCUCAGCAAGAUCAGUCUGCACUACAAGCACGCGCCGCCCAAGGACGUGUUCAUCGAACACAACCCGGACGAGCACGAGAUGCUCGCGGAGACCAUCAACGACGCCGCCGUCACCACAUACGAAGCAGCGGAGGUGGGCGUGGGCGUGGGCGGCGCUGGCGGCGGCGCGGGUGGCGGCGCGGGGCGGUUCGUGGUGGCGCGCGCCGCCCCCUGCCCCGGCUACGCGCUGUGCCGUCUGCUCGCCGAACAACGCACCGCUAAAGAGCUGGUAUCACAGCGGCACGGGUACGAGGACGGCGAGGCGGAAGCGGAAGGGGACACCGAGGCGGAACCGGACACGGAGGGCGCCGACGCGGACGUGGCCGAGUGCGAGACGUACGUGGUGACGGAGGCACGCGCCGCCACCUACCUCGUGGGCGACGCGCUCGCCGGCACCACCUACACGCUGCUGCACCCCGGACGCCAGAUACAGAGGCCCGCGUGCAUAUCGAGUCCUGUGUCUCCGGGCGAGGCGGAGCGCAGCUACUUGGUGCUGGACCCGGCGCGUGACGUCACCUGCACUGUCAUCGACCACGCGCUGCGGCUCGACGCCGACGACGCCUUCCGGCCGUUUGUCGACGACAAGUUCGCAUACCAGCCCGCUGUCGAGCCGGGCGGCAGCGUGCAGGGCGCGUCGGAGGAGCUGUCCCGGUGGUGGCUGGAGGCGGAGGGCGCCGCCCCGCGCCCCGCCCCCUCCGCCGCCGCGCCCGACCCGCGCCUCACCACGCUCAGCGCCGCCGGACUCGUCGCCGACGUGCUGCUCGACGACAAGAUCACCGAUAAAGUAUUGUGCCGGCAGGUGGUGCUGUUGUCGGUGCGGCCGGCGCUGUUAUGACAAGUGUAACGACUCACCGUGUACCUUAUAUUUAUUGUACGACUACCUUGUAACAUAUAUAUCAUUACUCUAAAUAAAAUAUUAACAUGUGAUAUCUAA